AUGCAGGCACGUCGACUAAACCACUUCCACCUCAGCUGUCUCCGUCGCAUCCAGAGGCUGAACUGGCGGGACCGCAUCCCCGACACCGAAGUGCUGGAACGGACGGGAAUUCUGAGCAUCUACUCCAUGUUGAGACAAAUGCAGCUGCGCUGGAGCGGCCAUCUGGUGCGCAUGGAUGACGAGCGACUACCCAAACGACUCUUCUACGGAGACGUCGCGACGGGUUCUCGUCGUCAAGGAGGCCAAAUUCGCCGUUACAAAGAUACUCUGAAGUCCUCCCUGAAGCGCCUGCACAUCAACCCGACCAACUGGGAAGAGCUCGCCCGCGAUCGUCCGACAUGGAGGAGAACAGUGAAGGCGGGCGCUGCUAUCUACGAAGCCAACCGCAUCGCCGCCGCCAAAGUGAAACGCGAAGUCCGCAAAUCACAACUUCGCCCAAUACGCGACGCCGCCGCACAACCUCUCCCUACGUGUCCUCGAUGUCAACGGACAUUCCGGGCACGAAUCGGACUUGUUGGACAUCUUCGAACCAACUGCACCUCCCGAACUGCUCCAGCCAUCGUCCCCGCGCCCGCCUCUUCCUCGUCCUCUCUUCCGCCAACUAACUCUGACACUCCUUCUGCACCACCACUUCCAUCCUCCUCCUUCUCCUCCACUGCCCCAGCGGUGGCCGUUCAGGCUGCCGUCUCACACAUCGCCAACCACGACACAGCAACCGCAACCACCCCCACCUGCCCUCACUGCGACCGCACCUUCACCUCACACAACGGCCUGGUCGGUCACUUGCGAAUCCAUCGCACAGAGACUGGUGAACCAGUGUCUGGAGCACCAACCUACACCCACCGCACUCGCCUCCACUGCCCACAAUGCCCUCGCACCUUCCGGCAUCGCAUGGGCCUAUUCGGCCACAUGCGCAUCCACGAGAGCGGAAUUGACCGCAGCCUUGACACACCCACCCCGCCGAGCCCCACUCCCAAUCCAUCACCUUGUGCACCCACUAACCACUCCCCAGCCGACAUCGACGCCACCGACCUUACCACCCCUCACUCCCCCCCCUUCCUCCUCCACUUCCUCCUUCACUGCCACAACGACGGCCACUCCGGCAUCUGUAGCGCACGACUUCACCACAGCCGCACCUGACACAACAACGGGCACAACCCCUGCAACCUCCAUCAACAGAUGUGAGGGCCCGGACUACAUCUGCCCUCACUGCGAUCGCACCUUCACUCCACGCAUCGGCCUGGUCGGUCACUUGCGAAUCCAUCGCACAGAGUCUGGCGAACCAGUGCCUGGAGCACCAACCUACACUCACCGCACUCGCCUUCACUGCCCACACUGCCCUCGCACCUUCACGCAUCGCAUGGGUCUAUUCGGCCACAUGCGCAUCCACGAGAGCGGCAUUGACCGCAAUUCCGAUACAGCCACGACAUCCAACACGCCCAGACCCAUCCUCGCCCCACCGUCACACGCGCCGACCACCACCACUGCCACCACCAACACCACUGCUUCCUCUACAGCUGACACUGACACCGCCGACUUCUCAUGUCAACACUGUCCACGUACAUUCACUUCGCGCAUCGGCCUGGUCGGUCACUUGCGAAGCCAUCGCACAGAGACUGGCGAACCAGUGCCUGGAGCACCAACCUACACCCACCGCACUCGCCUCCACUGCCCACACUGCCCUCGCACCUUCACGCAUCGCAUGGGUCUAUUCGGCCACAUGCGCAUCCACAACGACCUGCGGUAG